AUGGCCCCCAGAAAGAAGUGUCCCCAUAGCGACCUCACGUUCCAAGUGUCCUCACAUGCCGACGAGGCUGGUUUCCAGCGAGAGGACUGGAGGCGGCGACACGCUGCAACAGUUCCUUCUGGCCGCGCUCCGCCCAAGAACAGAGGAACUUCUGAGCCAAGUGACAGUAGCCCUCCCCAGGGCCAGGAUGACAGCAGCCUUGAUUCGUUGUUCCCUGCGCCGCUCGUCCUCCCUGGUGAUGAUCUGGCUCUAGACCCGACUUGCCCGCCCCAGAGUCUGGCAUCUUGGCUGAGGGGCAAGCAUCGCAACAAGUUCACACCUGCUCGGAAGACGCUGUACGUAGCCAGCGUACCGACCUUUUCUCAAGAUGCUGCCAUGAUGGAGGAUUGGACGAGACCUAAAUUGGAAGGCGUAAAAGGGGCGAACAAGGCGAGGGCGAGCGCUCCGGACCACCUGGCGCCACCCAACCCGGAUGAUAUAAGGGAGUACCUGGAGGCGUUUUACCAUGGGAUACCUGUGAAGAUGUUCAACGAGACACUCGAGUUCACGACAUGGGAGUCAGGGCAAAAGAACCGAGCCAAAAAGGACACCGCGUCGUCCUUUAUCGGCCUCCGCUGUGGUUCUUCCUGCACACGCAUCAGGGCACGGCCUUGUCCGGACGGCACAUACGCGAAGCAGCUCAACCUGGAUGACAUUCUAGACGCCGCCAUCACAGCCCUGCCUGAAGAUGCCUACGCCAUACUCUUCCUUGUAGGCCACGACCUCUACGAGGAUGACGACGACGACUUCGGCUGCGGCCGCGCGUACGGUGGCAGUCGUGUCGCGGUUGUUUCAUCGGCACGAUACAACCCGGCACUGCUACUUUCCAGUGGUGCCGACGGCAUCGAUCUGGACCAUACAUGGCCAGCAUCACACUGCAUGUCCUACGUCGCACGGCUUUGCGGCUCGGCCACUGCCCCGCGAGGCAAGAAGCGCCGCCGGGACGAGCAGGAAGCCAAGCCCGCAGCCUCACCACUCCACUACGCCCUCCACGCGAGCAGAUGCAGCAGUGGCGACGCCGCCGCGGAAGGCCUCAACACCAGCUCCUCGCUCGGCGGUCUGUGGCUCUGCCUUCUCGCACGCACGGCCUCCCACGAGCUAGGACACUGCCUGGGCAUUGGCCACUGCGUCUACUACGCAUGCGUGAUGCAGGGCACCGCAGGGAUGGCCGAGGACUGCCGCCAGCCGCCCUACCUAUGCCCGGUGUGCCUCAAGAAGCUCACGAACGCCGCGAGGGAGGCGACCACGUCGUCGUCGUCGUCGUCGUCGUCUGAUAGCUUCGAAGAAAUAGGGUACGUGAUCGGAAACUACCAAGCCCUGGCUCGAUUCUGCGACAAGUGGAGGCAGGUCGGCAUGUUCGCAGGCUACAAGGCCUGGCUUGAUAACAUGGCUGGCCAACUACGCGGUGGCUCGUUCACAUUGUAA